ACAGUGCAACCAACUUAACUAAAAUCCCCUAGAAACGUAACCUAAAAAUGCCCGAUGUUGUUGAACACUUUUUCGGGGUUUAUUUACUGUAUUGCACCAAUCCGAAAUAUGUGGGUCGGGUGUACAUCGGGUACACUGUGGACCCCAAUCGCCGGGUCAAGCAACACAACAAGGGGAAACAAUAUGGGGGUGCAUGGAAAACAAGUCAAAAGGGGCCUUGGACAAUGGUAUUGAUUAUUCACGGUUUCCCCAACAAUAUUUCAGCUCUAAGGUUUGAGUGGGCUUGGCAACACCCUCACGUUUCCCGUCGUUUGGCGCACAUUUCGAAAAAAAAAUCCAAAGAGAAAGUUUACGAUUUUACAAUUCGCGUUUUGAGCGAAAUGUUACAAGUGGGGCCUUGGAAUCGACUCCCGUUGACACUUCGGUGGCUCAACAAUGAUUUUAUUCGCGACUUGCAGAAAGCCCCACCAACACAUAUGCCCAUUUGUUACGGCCCUGUUAUUAGUAAAAAAGUACCAAAAAGUGUCUCAUUAUCACACAAGACAAGUUUUUGUUACUUAUGUUACGAUGAAGUUUUUAAUGAAAUGAAAUGUGUGAAUUCUAAUUGCGAUUUAAUCGCUCAUGUUAUUUGUUUGUCGAAAUGUUUUCUAAAAGGGGGCGAAUAUGUACCAAUUGAGGGGGAAUGUCCCCAGUGUCACCAAUCCUGUCUUUGGGGGGAUUUAGUCCGGAAAUUUAAAGGUUGUGACAAUCAGGAUGUGACAAUAACUGAUUUAGGGGGUUUUCUCGAAUAAACUAUUAAUACAGUUGG